AUGAGUGAAGAAUUUAUAAGUCAAGAUGAAAGUCAUUCAUAUAAUUCAGAAUAACCAGUAUUUGACAUUGAUUAGAUGUCAGUAAAUUCAGAUAAUUAAAAAGCUAUUGAAUAUUUACAAAAAGUAAGAGAUGAAGUCAAAUAAGCACCAAAAUGCACAUAUUUUGAAGAAGGAGAUGAUUUUCAAUUAAAAUAAACAGAUCCAAAAUAUUUAAUAAAACCUAAAGGUGUUAAAUUAAAUGGAAAAUGGCCAAUAAAUCCUUUAUGGUAAUAGGAUGUUAUAGAAUAAUAUUAUAGUUUUAAAAAGGUUUAAAUUUUGCUUCUAUUUUAGAAUAUUGAAUAAUUUAGAUAAUUAGAUUAAAACUCAUAUUAGUUGAUAAAUUUUAAUUUAGAGUAAGAAGAGAAAAUUAAAUCUUGUCUAAAAAAGAAAUGCUAAUUUAAAGAAUUAUCAAAAGACAUCAUUCCAACACUUUUCACAUUUCAUGUAUUAGAUUAUCAUAUAGCAUCCAAAAUUAUUAAAUGGCUUAGUUUGA